AAGAAUGUUUGUUAGUCAAAACAUUGGCAUUAGCUUACAGUCUCAACCCGAAGUGGGUUACCAAUAGCAAAGACUAAAGAAAUAAAAGUGCGAUGAAUGCUACACACAUAUGUAUGUACAUGCAUAUGAGAAUAUAAUUUUGCCCAAAGACUGUUUAAUAGUGGCAUACAUAUACAUGUGUAUGUAAUGAAACGUGAUCAUUCUGGAGUUUAUCGCAUACGAACAGUGAAUUGAAAGUUAAAAAAAGGAAAUAAAAACCAAGCAUGUCUUCGGACCGAUUUCACAAAGCUGCAAAAGAUGGCUUACUUGACGUUCUAAAAGAAGCUACUCGUAAGGAUGCCAAUGCUAAGGACGAUGAUUCUAUGACACCGGUGCUAUGGGCGUCCUUUGAGGGACGUUUGGAUGCGUUACGUUUGCUUUGUGGAAGAGGAGGUGACCCUGACAAAUGUGACCAGUUUGGCAAUACGGCGCUACAUUUAGCCUCCGCUAAGGGACAUCUGCAUUGUGUGGACUUCCUGGUGAAAUUCGGCGUCAAUAUCUAUGCGCUUGAUAUCGAUCGUCAUAGUGCUAAGGACUUAGCGGCCAUCAACAAUCGCGAUGACAUUCUACGGUAUUUGGAUAGCGCCACAGCCAAUUUCGAGACCAACGACAAGAAAAAGGCCAAAGCUAUGCGUGAGCUAGCGGAAAAGAAUUGUGAGAAACGCAUGCGCGAAUAUAUGAAACGUCAACAAAAACUGGAAAAUGACCAGAUUGAAACUGGCAGCAAAGCAAUGGCCGUAGCGAGCAACAGCAAUAAGUCAAAUAUGUUGUCAACACUUAAACAAAAGAUUUGGUCCAGUCAAGGAAAUCUGCAUAAACCAACGCGAGACUCAGCGCCACUUGCUGCGCCCUGUCCAAGUAUUAGUAGCGGCAGUACGGCCACAAAAUUUAGUGAGCUCGUAUCGCCUGGCAGUGGUAGCGGCGGUAGUGUUGGCUCAAUUGCGAGUCGCGCCGGUACGGUGCAGAAGAAGCUGCGCAGCCACCAACAUUCGGGUCAUUCAAAUAAAGUAGACGAGACUGGCUUCAAGAUUGGUGGCAUUGAACCGGAUGGUAAACGCACAGUAACGUCGCUUAUAGGUGUACAACGUGACUCGGAAGUGCUGUAUGUGGGUACGUUCAGCUCAAAUGAAGAGAGCAGUAAACGAGGUAAAAUCAGCGAUGUUUUCGAAGUAGACGAACCGAGCAGUGAUCGUGAACGCGAAACCGCCAAGCUAGCUUACGGCACACUUUCACGUUCUUUUUCACAACCCGAUAUACUUGGGGAUACGCUAACGUCCACUGGCCGAUUGAGUGAAGAAUUCGCAAUGCAACGCCCGGCUGGCCUGUUCGAUCGUCCGAUGUUAGGUAGCAUAGCGUUUCGGCGUUCAGUGACUGCGGCUCUUAGUCAAUUGCAGCCAGAUGACUAUCUGCCACACGACAUGGAAACCGGCAAUACGAGUACCAGCACAGCAACAGGGCGGCAGAGUGGCGCCACAACUGUGACGAAAACACGUAGCAACAAACAACGAUCAUUCCUCAAUAUAUCUGAUUCCGAUUCUGAGGGUGCGGAUGGGUAUAGCGACGAUGAGCAAGACAAUGCAUGCAAUCCAAUUGCACGUUUUCUCACCGCCUGGGGCUUGGAAGAGUAUUUGCCUGUUUUUCAGAAACAACAAAUUGAUCUGGACACGUUGAUACUGUUAACCGAGGCGGAUCUAAAAUCUUUAGGGCUACCUUUAGGACCUUUCCGAAAACUUACAUGCGCUAUACAAGAACGUAAAAAUGCGCUUGCUAAUCCCGGUGCGAUGACGGACAGUAGGCUUUGAAGCAAAACGUGUACUCUGUAAACGGCGUAUCCGAAUAUUGGUGUCAUCACUACUUAACCCGCAUCAUCAAUUUUCAGUGCAUUGCAGUUUAAGCCUCGUUGUUUUUACAGUAAAAUACCAAUUUAAAAGUUUAGUUAAAAUCCAAUGUAUUUAUCUAUUUUACGCAAUAAAUAACUUUAUGUACAUAA